UCUCCCUCCUCCUCUUUUUUUCUUCGUCCCCUCUCUACGACUCCUUCACAAUCUCUCUCCUCCUCCAUCCAGCAGCAUCAUCAUCUGGCUCUCUCCUCUUCCUCCAAUGUCAGCAACAAUGACCAGCACAGUAUCAGCCUACACCGACAAGAUCAAGGAGAUGUCCAUGCUGUCUCUGCUCUGCUCCUGCUUCUACACACAGCCACAUCCCAACAGCCUUUAUCAGUAUGGAGACCUGGAGGUGAAGGGUUUUAACAAGAGAGCAUCUGGCCAGUCAUUUGAGGUGAUCCUGAAGGAUGCUGAUCUGUCCGGAGACAAAAGCCAGCCUCAGCAGCUGCCCUCCCCCCCAAGAAGGGAGGUGUCCCUGGAGGAUCUCCAGAGGAGGCUGGAGGCCGCUGAGGAGAGGAGGAAGUCCCAGGAGGCCCUGGUGCAGAAGCAGCUGGCGGAGAAGAGGGAGCGUGUGCAGGAGGUUCUCCACAAGGCUCGCGAGGAGAGCAACAUCUUUAGCAAGAAGACGGAAGAGAAGCUCAUCCAGAAGAUGGAGGCCAACAAGGAGAACCGGGAGGCUCACCUCAAUGCUCUCAAACAGAGGCUGCGUGAGAAAGAGGUCCACGCCGCUGAGGUACGCAGGAACAAGGAGCGUCAGACUGACCUCUCUGGCUGAAAAUGUUUUGUACACUGUGUCAAAGUUUUCCUGUUGUUCAGUAUUCACCACUAUCAUCCUAAAGUGCACCAUUCAAGACUCAAAAUAGAAGUUAAUCAGCACCAAAUAAUAUUACUCAUCUGUUUCACUUUUGGUAAACCACACACAUUCCGAAGUGCAAAUCCAUAUUCUGAUAGCAGAGUCACGUACAACUGAAAUAAAGAUCAAUCCUGAGCCAAACAA